GAUCCUGAGCUGUGUUGUUCGUUGUUCCGCACAGUGAGUUGCUUCUCUGGGUGCUGGCUGGAGGGUGGCAGGAGGCCCACACACCACCUCCAGGCAGCCUCCCAGGAGGGCUGGCCUGAUACGUGGUGUGGUCCCUUCGUCAGGGUCAGCCUCCCUGGGACUGGGCAGCAUGAGCCGGUCACGGCACGUGGGCAAGAUCCGGAAGCGUCUGGAAGAUGCCAAGAGCCAGUGGGUCCGGCCGGCCAGGGCCGACUUCAGCGACAAUGAGAGUGCCCGGCUGGCUACAGAUGCCCUCUUGGACGGGGGACCCGAGGCUUACUGGCGGGUGCUGAGCCAGGAAGGCGAGGUGGACUUCUUGUCCUCGGUGGAGGCCCAGUACAUCCAGGCCCAGGCCAAGGAGCCCCCCUGUGCCCCCGAUCCUGCAGGAGGGGCUGAGGCAGGUCCCAGGGGCCUGGACUCCUGCUCGCUGCCGUCAGACACCUACUUCCCCGUGGCCUCAGAGAGCAGCGAGCCAGCCCUGCUGCACACGUGGGCCUCGGCCGAGAAGCCCUACCUGCAGGAGAAGUCCAGCGCCACCGUGUACUUCCAGACGGACAAGCACAACAACCUGCGAGACCUGGUUCGCCGCUGCAUCGCCCGGAGCAGCCAGGUGCUGGCCAUCCUGAUGGAUGUCUUCACCGACGUGGAGAUCUUCUGUGACCUUCUAGAAGCGGCCCUCAAGCGCGGGGUGUUCGUCUGUGUGCUCCUGGACCAGGGGGGCGUGGCGCUGUUCCAGGAGAUGUGUGACAAGGUGCAGAUCUCUGAUGGCCACCUCAAGAACAUGUGUGUCCGGAGCGUGCAAGGGGAGGUGUACUGUGCCAAGUCGGGCCGGAAGUUCGCCGGGCAGAUCCAGGAGAAGUUCAUCAUCUCGGACUGGAGACUGGUCCUGGCUGGAUCAUACAGAGAUCAACUCCAGCCCGGCGCUGUGGUAUAGCGAGUAGAGCUACCGCCUGAGUGCUGGCAUCCCAUAUGGGUGCUGGUUCGAGUCCCUGCUGCUCCACUUUCGAUCCAGCUCUCUGCUAUGGCCUGGGAAAGCAGUGGAAGAUGGCCCAAGUCCUUGGGCCCUUAAACCCACGAGGGUCAGACCUGGAAGAAGCUCCUGGCUCCUGGCUUCGGAUCAGCCUAGUUCCUGCUAUUGCAGCCUUGGGAAGGGACCAGUGGAUGGAAGACCUCCCUCUCUCUCUCUCUCUCUCUCUCUCUCUGACUCUGUAAUUCUGCCUUAAAAAAAAAAAAAUCAACUCCCAGUACAUGAAACGGACUUAAAUAUCACCAAGCAACUUUAAAACUUAGUAGAAAUCACAGAUGAUGACUGCAUUAGCAACCAUUCCUUAAAGUACAAAAAGCAUUGACUGUCUGAGACUGCUCAGCCUAACUGAUUAUAACGAGAACUUCAGUCCCCGAGGGGCGCCCCGAACAAGGGGGAGGUGCGGUUGCCACUGGGAGCAGGCGUCCAGGAUGAGCUCCCCAGGAGAGGAUGGCCAGAAUCACCACGAACUCCUGGACUCACAAAAGCCCAGCAGAGAAGUGGGUGAGAGAGCGGAGCGGACUUCUCCCCACGGUGCUACCCCGUGCGGCCCGAUGCCCUGGAACGCUGGCCAGCGCAGUCAGGGCUCAGGAGAAGGCAGGCGAGCCUGAAAGGAGCUGCCAUUGUGCACCGUGCAGCCAGCUCAGAGAUGAGAAGGCGCAGCAAGCCCACACCAGACCGAGGGGGUCUGUUAGGCGCCGCUGACGGAGCUGCAGGUGGGCGACGGCUUUGGAAAGCGUUCAGCACUUUCACCUAAGGCUGAGUGUGCACCUGGUGUGUGACCCAGCAACUCCACUCCUAGACCUAGGAGGAUUUCUAAGAGAGACUCCUCCCCAUGUGUGGUAGGACACGUGUAUGAGAACAUGCAAAGCUGUUCACCACAGAAACAACCGGCCUGCCUCUCCACGCGGGGUGAUGAUGUGAUGCGAUAUGAUGAAUGAGCCAUUGAGUAUUAUGCAAUGAUCAAAAAUGAAGCAACAGUGUGGCGAAAUCUUGGCAACAUAAGACUAAAUGAGACUAAAUGAAAAGCAAUCCCAGGAGAGUCCACGUAUGUUAAAAAAAGGCUCCAAUGAAGAAUUUUACUUUCAAAAACACAUACAACGAUUGUUUUAAUUCUGGAAAAAGGAAAGCAAAGGAUUUAUGCUGCUGCUUUCCUGCGGCUCAGGGAUCCUUAGGGGUGGCGGGCGGGGAAGGACCUCAUGGCAAGAUGCUAGCAUUUGUUUUAGGCGGGAACUUCUUAGGUGCUUCCUACACCAUUUAAAUUAACUAAUUAAAUGGCCAAGUGGGGGGCUGGCGUUAAGCUACUGCCUGCAAUAUCAGCAUCCCAUGUGGGCACCAGUUCGAGUCCCAGUUGCUCUGCUUCCAAUCCAGCUCCCUGCUAAUGUGCCUGGGAAAGCAGCAGAAGAGGCCCAAGUGCUUGAGCCCCUGUCGCCCUUGUGGGAGACCCAGAAGAAGCUUCUGGCUCCUGGCUUCAGAUUUGCCCAGCUUCAGCUGUUGGUGCCAUUUGGGGCAUUUGGGCAUGAACCUGCAGCAGAUGGAAGAUCUCUCUCUCUCUCUCUCUCCUCGUGUGUAUGUGUUUACCUCUACCUUUCAAAUAAAUAAAUCUUUAAGUAGCCAAAUAAAUGAAAAUGGGCCAGGAACAACCAAUGAGGAGCGGGUGGAGAGCCAAGGAUUAUGACGACCUGUAUGCUGUGUACUUAAGGGCCCCAAACCGAUAGACACAAAAUGUGUUUCUUCCCACAGUCACGAUCUUUCAGUGUCAGCGCAGAAGCGCAUGAUGGCAGGACAUGGCCGGUGUGCCCGGCACGGGGCAGCAGGGCCUGGGGUGAAUUUGGACUUCACUGAGCACCACGCACAGCAGCGUGGCCUAAUCCAGCCUGGCCACACAAGCCAGGGGUUGGGAGAGCUGCUCUGUAGCCCAGGCCCUCAACCCUGGCUCCCUCCUUCCUACCACCUGGCUGGUGCCCAGCACUGCCAUCACCUCUCUGGGGGUGUGGGCGGCUGCUGGGCGGGAGGUGAGGUUUAAACAGAGCCUCGUUGUUGUUCUUGGAAUAACCCCCGCUUGGUGUGGGCCCCACCCUGACUGCUGGGGCCAGGCCUUUUGCUCUCAGGAGAGUGGCAGGGACGGGCAGCAGAGGCCCCGUCUGUGGUGGGCCCCUGUCUACCCAGUUCCCCUCCCCUGCGACCACCCCUUCACCAUUGCUUGCCCUCCUUGGCCUCCCAGGGGUUCUCCUGAGCAGGUCUCCUGGGGACCUGUAGCCUGAUGGUCCUGCCAGCUGUGUCCAUGCUGUCCCCAGCCUUUCAGUAACUGGGAGAAAGGACAAUGAAGGGAGGUCUCCAUCACAUUACAGGGAAGACCUGGGUUAAGUUGUGGAAUCCUAAGUGAUACAGAUGUGGCGUAAGCAUUUUGUUUGCAUGUAGCACCCACCAGUGGAGGGCGGGGGUGGGGGGCGUGCUUGGGUGACUUUCUGGCAUAAACUGCAUUUGCCCGGUCUCUGGCUCCUCCCCCUGCAGUCCCUUUCCUCCCAGGCAACACGUGACGCUGUCUCCCCUCUCACCGCAUGGGUCAAGAUGUUCUGUUUACUUGUUUUAAAAAGACAUUUUAUUUAUUUGAAAGGCAGUUAGAAGGGGAGAGAGAUCUUCCAUCCGCUGGCUCACUCCUCGGACAGCCACAACAGCCGGAGCUGGGUCAGGCUGCAGGCAGGAGCCGAGAGCUUCUUCCAGGUCUCCCAUGUAGAUGCAGGGACUCAAGCACUUGGGCCAUCUUCCACUGCUUUCCCAGGCGCAGUAGCAGGGAGCUGGAUCAACAGAGGAGCAGCCGGGACUCAUACUGGCGCCCCUAUGGGAUGCCGGCAUCCCAGAUGGUGGCUUUACCCGAGACACCACAGUGCCAGUCCCGGGAUGUUUGAUUUUCCUGAAACUGCAGCCCAGCCCUCCCCGUUCAGCUCCUGUCUGCAGCUGAGGCCCGGCCCAGGCUCUCACCCUCACGCUCAC